UUAAGGCAAACACUUAUUUUCUCCAACCAUGAAAGGAAUGGAUAUCUUCUGUUCAACGCCUGCUUCCACAGCCGUCUGCUCUAGCAUGGUGAGUCACCGUUCCAUCCGCCCUACCCUUAGCUCUAAACUACCUUAUGCUCCUUGUUCAUCACAAUUGCCCAUAAUUCCUCGGCCUUAUCACGACAAGAGCAGAAAGAGUAAUUCGGCUAAGCAAAGCGAUUUACGUCGAAAAAGUGCAGCCGACAUAAAAGAUCUGAACAUCAAUCAUGGUUCGUCUCGAUAUCUUCUAAGUGAUAAACCCUUUAUUGACUGGCUAUCGGAGUCCGAUCCUGUCUCAGCAUUGGUUCCUGCUGAUCAAUCUUCAAAGUUCACGCAUGUAAGCUCAAAUGAGUCUCCUGCUUUAAUUAAGUCCUCUUCAACUACCAAGUCCCCGGACCAGGUUGUGGUUUUGAGGGUGUCAAUUCAUUGCAAGGGCUGUGAAGGAAAAGUGAGAAAACAUAUCUCAAAAAUGGAAGGUAAAUAAAGUACCAAUGAAUAUACAGGGCAUGUAGCUAUAUCCUUCAAAGUUACACUGGCCUGCACAAAGUGACCUCUAUCUACUUUUAUUUGAAACUCUACUUUCCUCUUUCUUUGUGCUCUUUUUUUAAUUUCAACCCUCCAAAUGAAGAGUUGAUGAAAUAUGUAGACAGGGGCAAGAACUAGACAAAAGCUGAAGAGCUCGGGAAAUUAAAGGGUGUUAGGCAGGAUUCCACUCUUCUCUCCACUUGUCGUAUUGUCAUAUCUG